AUGCCUCUCAUUUCCGAUCACCUUCCGAUCCUGCAUGAUCUUCCUUCAUCUGCUCAAGCCGUUACUCUCCGCGCAGCGUACUCGCGGUUCGUCUCCCAUCGGCGCAGUCUGGCCCUCAGGGCCCUCUCCCUCCUCAAGUCCGCCUCCUCCUCGUCAACGCAAAUGGAAAUCGUCGACGCGACGGCGGAUUCCGUCCAGGUUGGUAAGGGCGGGAAGGGUGGCAAGGGCGGAAAGGGCAUAAAGGGAGGCAAGGGGGGGAAGGGAGGAAAGGGCGGCGGAAUAGGGUCUGGCGCACCCUCUGGCGCGCCUGGCGGGGGUGCUGGCUCUGGUGCUCCCUCUGGCGCGCCUGGUGGGGGUAGUGGUUCCAGCGCGCCUGGCGGGGGUGGCUCUGGCGCACCCUCUGGCGCACCUGGCGGGGGUACUGUCUCUGGCGCGUCUGGGGGCGGAGCUGGCUCUGGUGCCCCCACUGGCGCGCCUGGUGGCAGUACUGGUCGUUCUCCUAGUGGCGGCGGCAAUUAA